UUGUUGCAGCUCAGUUGCUGAUGACAGAAGAGUGUGGAAAUGAGCUCGGAAAAGUGGGAAAACAAUGAGGAAAUUAGGAUUUUCCGGGAAUACUUGCGUAUACCAACGGUGCAUCCUGAUGUUGACUACACUGCCUGUGUGGAGUUCCUGAAGCGGCAGGCCAGCUCCUUAGAUCUUCCUGUUGAGGUGGUUUAUCCUGCUGUUCAAACGAAACCCGUUGUGAUCAUUAAAUGGCAAGGAAGUCAGCCGGAACUCUCGUCCAUUGUUCUCAACUCCCAUACGGAUGUGGUGCCCGUGUUUCGGGAAAAGUGGACUCACGAUCCCUUCGCUGCCGAUAUCGAUGAGGAGGGCAGGAUCUUUGCGCGAGGUACGCAGGACAUGAAAUCGGUGGGCACACAAUAUCUAGGUGCGAUUCGCCUGCUGAAAGCUAGUGGUUUCCAACCGAAAAGGACACUGUUUGUGACCUUUGUUCCCGAUGAAGAGAUCGGUGGCCAGCUGGGCAUGGCGGAGUUUGUGAAGACGGAUUACUACAGGAAAAUGAAUGUGGGUUUCAGCCUAGAUGAAGGCGCCACUAGUGAAAGUGACGUGCAUCAUUUGUUCUACGCCGAACGUUUGCGUUGGGGACUCAAGCUGAAAGCCAGUGGAACUUCUGGCCAUGGCUCGCUUUUGCUGCCCAACACUGCAGGAGUCAAGCUGAACUAUGUGGUCAACAAACUGACUGAAUUCCGCACAUCGCAAGUUGAGAACCUUGCCAGAGAUUCCAGCCUCAGCAAGGGCGAUGUGACCACCGUGAAUCUCACCCAAUUGAGUGGCGGAGUGCAGAGCAAUGUGGUUCCGCCGCUUUUUGAGGCGGUCUUCGACAUACGCGUUGCCAUUACUGUGGAUGUGGUUGCCUUUGAGAAACAGAUACGCGACUGGUGUGAGGAAGCUGGUGGCGGCAUUGAAAUUGAUUUCUUCCAGAAGGAGCCUUAUGUGGCGCCCACCAAGCUGGAUAAUUCGAAUCCCUACUGGCUAGCUGUCAAAGCCGCCAUCGAUGAACUUGGAUUGAAGGUUCAUCCCAUCGUUUGUCCCGGCGCCACCGACAGUCGUUUCAUUCGGGAGAAGGGCACCCCGGCCAUUGGAUUCUCACCCAUUAUAAACACCACCUUGCGGAUCCAUGACCACGACGAGUUUCUGCAGGCUGAUAUCUAUCUUAAUGGCAUUGAUGUGUACAAGAAGAUUAUUCGCAAUCUGGCAGAGGUAUAAAACAAAAUGUAUGAACUGUAUGGAUCGUUGUUAUAAUAAAGAUGGGCUGAUUACUAAA